AUGACGCAUUCUCCUUCGGGUUUGCGCCUGCGCAACCGUGUUUACGGCUGGCUGCUACCUGCUAGAAAGAUGCGGCAGUCAAAGCUGCUGAGGCAGGAGUAAUACUUCACAUCAACACAGAACUCAUCACCUUCAUCAUGACCAACAGGACAUCUUAUUUUUAUGACCCAGAUGUGGGCAACUUUCACUACGGUGCGGGUCACCCCAUGAAGCCUCACCGUCUGUCCCUGACUCACAGCCUGGUGUUGCACUAUGGCCUGUACAAGAAGAUGAUGGUCUUCAAGCCGUACAAAGCCUCGCAGCACGACAUGUGCCGCUUCCACUCCGAGGACUACAUCGACUUCCUGCAGAAGGUCAGCCCCAACAACAUGCAGGGCUUCACCAAGAGCCUCAACACGUUCAACGUGGGAGACGACUGUCCCGUGUUUCCAGGUCUGUUUGAGUUCUGCUCCAGAUACACAGGAGCAUCUUUACAAGGAGCAACGCAGCUCAACCACAAGAUUUGUGACAUCGCCAUCAACUGGGCAGGAGGUUUGCAUCAUGCCAAAAAGUUUGAGGCUUCAGGGUUCUGCUACGUAAAUGACAUCGUCAUCAGCAUACUGGAGCUCCUCAAGUACCACCCCAGGGUCCUGUACAUUGACAUUGACAUUCACCAUGGCGACGGCGUCCAGGAGGCCUUUUACCUGACGGACCGCGUCAUGACCGUGUCCUUCCACAAAUACGGCAACUACUUCUUUCCCGGCACGGGCGACAUGUACGAGGUGGGAGCAGAGAGCGGCCGCUACUACUGCCUCAACGUCCCCCUCAGAGACGGCAUCGACGACCAGAGCUACAGGCAGCUGUUCCAGCCAGUUAUCAAGCAGGUGGUUGAUUAUUACCAGCCCACCUGCAUCGUCCUGCAGUGUGGAGCAGAUUCUCUGGGCUGCGACAGGCUGGGCUGCUUCAACCUCAGCAUACGGGGACACGGCGAGUGUGUGGAGUUUGUGAAAAGUUUUAAGAUCCCUCUGCUGGUUCUCGGAGGAGGAGGAUACACGGUGAGGAACGUGGCUCGCUGCUGGACUUUUGAAACGUCUCUGUUGUUGGAGGAAUCCAUCAGUGAUGAGCUGCCUUACAGCGAGUAUUUUGAGUACUUUGCUCCUGACUUCACGUUGCAUCCUGAUGUCAGCACCAGGAUAGAAAACCAGAACUCCAGACAGUACCUGGAGCAGAUCCGUCAGACCGUGUUCGAGAACCUGAAGAUGCUGAACCACGCGCCGAGCGUCCAGAUCCACGACGUUCCCUCCGAUGUGCUGAGUUACGAGCGCAACGACGAGCCCGACCCCGACGAGAGGGGAGCCGAGGAAAACUACACCCGGCCCGAAGCCACGAAUGAGUUCUACGACGGUGACCAUGACAACGACAAAGAAAGUGAUGUUGAGAUCUGAGACUAGAAGCUAUUUGGACCGAGCUGAAAUAUGGGCUGUUAAACUGUUCAUCAUUGGAAGAAGUUUUUAUGGACUUUGACAUUUUUUCAUUUCAUCUCUGUGUAAUAGUGAUAAAAGUUUGUAGUUUUCUAUCAGACUCCUGCAUUUCAGAAGCCAAAGUUCACAUCCAACCAUCAUCUGAGAAGUGAAACGCCGUUUUAAACUGAACCAACAUUUACGCUGCUGGACCGGCGCCAGUCCAGCCAACAACUGUUCUCUGCCUUUUUAGACCUUCCGUUUAACGUUGCCACUUUUUUAAAAAUGUGUAACCCGAAUGACAUGAGAUGAAAGUGUUCACAUGAGAAAUUGUAACCAGCUUUGAGUUAAAAAGAAAAACUUUGCAUCAUGUCCCUCCUGCAGUCUGAAAUCCACCCAUGUGAGUUUUGAUAGUUUGGUUUUAUUAAUAAAAUCUGAAUCUGUG